AUGAAAGCAGUUAUCACGGUGAUCGCGGCUACUUGCCUGGGAGCGUCAGUGUCAGCUCUCCCAGCAGAUCAUCCUCCUGUCGCCUGGCGACCAGCCGGACCUGGUGAUGUUCGCGGACCCUGUCCGAUGUUAAACACCCUCGCCAACCAGGACUUUAUUCCUCACCACGGUCGGGAUCUCACCGAGGAACAGGUUGUCAACGGUCUCAAGUCCUCUAUCAACCUCGCCGAAGACUUUUCCCGAUCCUUCUUCAAGGCCGGACUUCGUACCAACCUGACUCCUAAUGCGACGACCUUCUCGCUCGAUGAUUUGAGUCACCAUAACAUCCUCGAACACGAUGCCAGUCUCAGUCGCCGGGAUUAUUACGAUGGAGAUGACCACAGCUUCGAUUCGGCCACUUUCGACCAGACUCGCUCCUACUGGAAGGAACCCAUGAUUGAUGUCCGUCAAGCAGCGCAGGCUCGACAGGCUCGCGUGGAUACUUCAAAUGCCACGAAUCCCACUUUCUCACUCUCCGACGCCGCCAAGAAGACCACCUUUAUCGAGUCCUCUGCGUACAUGCUUGCCUUUGGCGACAAGAAAGCUGGAUCUGUCCAAAAGGCCUACAUUGAGUACUUUUUCCAAAAUGAGCGUCUCCCGACUGAGCUCGGGUGGCAGAGAAACAACGAGGAGAUCACGGCGGCGGAUCUGAAUAGCAUGUCGCAAAAGUUGGCUAUUGCGACACAAGAGAUCCAGGAGGGCAAAUAA